UAGCAGAGCCGCAAGGUUUUCUUCUUUCUCAGCAAAGUUAAAUCCAAGUUUUGCUAAAGUUAAAAGAUAAUGUAGUCCCAGACUGCAUACAGUACCGUUUAUCUCUAAAUUAAGGACGUCCAUUUUUAAAAGAAAGAACGCAGCCAUGUUUUUUAUUCUUGUGAGAAAGUAAAGGAAAAAGAGGAGAAGUCACCAUUGUUCGAACUGGAUCGUCUAACGCUUCCCAGAUUUCCUGUUCCUGUGAGGAAGAGUUACCGAGGGCAGCUGACAAGAGAUUGAAGGGGCAGUGACGCAAAACACACUGCAUACGAAAGCAGCCGUGUGGACUGACACUGACUCUCCAGCUCUGUCUAACACUUGUGGGGUUACCGUUCCUUGUCAACAUUCAGCAGAGGGAUAUUUGCAAAUUUCAUCACUUUGGGUGGCUUUUUGUUUGGAUCACCCCCUCUUCCGCAACUCCUUUUGACCAAAGAUUUCAUUAUUUUUUUCUUUCUCGUCGGUUCUUGUUUUAAACGCAACCAUUUUUUCGGGAACAAAACUGGGAUUUUCCCUCAUAUUAUGCACUUCAAUGGAUACCAGUGGCUCAUUGGUUAGCACGCGAACUGAGGAGCAGUCCCUUCAUGUCCGCUACAGGAUGGAGGUGUCCUGCCUGGAGCUGGCAUUGGAGGGUGAGCGGCUCUGUAAGGUGGGCGACUACAGAGCGGGUGUAUCCUUCUUUGAAGCUGCCAUCCAGGUGGGCACAGAGGACCUUCAGGUGCUGAGUGCCAUCUACAGCCAGCUGGGCAAUGCUUACUUCCACCUGCAUGACUAUGCCAAGGCCCUGGAGUUCCACCGGCAUGACCUCACCUUGACCAGAACGAUUGGUGACCUGCUUGGAGAAGCCAAAGCCAGUGGAAACCUGGGCAACACAUUAAAGGUGUUGGGACAGUUUGAUGAAGCUGUGGUUUGCUGUCAGAGGCACUUGGACAUAGCGAGGGACAUUAAUGACAAGGUGGGUCAGGCGCGAGCUCUGUAUAACUUUGGGAACGUGUACCAUGCCAAAGGCAAAAGUAUCUGCUGGAGCGGAGCUGAACCUGGAGAUUUUCCAGAGGAGGUCAUGAUGGCCCUGAGGAAGGCAGCAGAGUACUAUACGGAAAACUUAGCAUUAGUGAAGGAACUCGGAGACCGGGCCGCCCAGGGUCGAACUUACGGCAACCUUGGCAACACACACUAUUUGUUGGGAAACUUUCGCAAAGCUGUGGCUGCUCAUGAACAGCGCUUGCUCAUAGCUAAAGAGUUUGGGGACCGCUCUGCAGAGAGACGGGCUUACUGCAACCUGGGGAACGCCUAUAUCUUUUUGGGGGAAUUUGAAGUGGCAGCUGAACACUACAAGAGGACACUGCAGCUGGCAAGGCAGCUGAAGGAUCGAGCUGUGGAGGCCCAGGCCUGCUACAGUCUGGGCAACACAUACACACUUCUCCAGGACUAUGAGAGAGCCAUAGACUACCACCUCAAACACCUCAUCAUAGCCCAGGAGCUCAAUGACAGAAUUGGGGAGGGUCGUGCUUGCUGGAGUCUGGGAAAUGCUCACACUGCACUGGGGAAUCAUGACCAGGCCAUGCACUUUGCUGAGAAACACCUGGAGAUCUGCAAAGAGACUGGAGACAGGAGCGGGGAGCUGACGGCUCGUAUGAACGUGUCCGAUCUCCAGAUGGUUCUGGGUCUCAGCUACAGCACAAAUAAUUCCACCCUCUCAGAGAAUAAGGACGUAGACUACAACCAGCAUGGAGCAAGGCCCAGGAUGAGCAGAAGACACAGCAUGGAGAACCUGGAGCUGAUGAAACUCACUCCAGACAAGAUGAAUGGUCAGAAGUGGAACAGUGACAUCCUGACCAAACAGUCCAAACCCUCCCUGGCUAAGAGCUCCUCCAAACUGUUCUUUGUCAGCCGCCUGCGUGGGAAGAAGUACAAGGCCGGUGGCUCCAGUAAGGUCCUCCAGGACACCAGCAACACCCUGGACACCAGUCAGACCCCAGCUCAGGGACCACAGAAGCGACUCAGUCCUGACAUGCUUGGAGACGAGGGCUUCUUUGACCUGCUGAGCCGUUUCCAGAGCAACCGUAUGGACGACCAACGCUGUUCAAUACAGGAUAAGGGCAGCAGGUUAUCGUUGAACAGUGGCCCGGAGUCGCCUCCUAGAGCCAUCAGGAAAUCUGUGUCAGAGUCCGCCAACAUCUCGGGGGCCCAAAGCCGGCAGUUAGAGGAGUCGCCAGCCGCAGGGGGAAGCCUGCCCGGCCUCAGGCUCCAUCAAAACAGCAACCAAGCCGUGCUCAGCCACCUGAUGGCCAACGCUGACAACGCCGAGCCUGACGACAACUUCUUCGAUAUGCUUGUCAAGUGCCAGGGGUCCCGUUUGGAUGACCAGCGCUGUGCCCCUCCCCCUCCUCCGGUCCGAGGGCCCACCGUGCCAGAUGAGGACUUUUUCAGCCUCAUCAUGCGCUCACAGGCCAAACGAAUGGACGAGCAACGUGUCACCCUGCCUUCAGCAGCAAACACUGCAGCCAGGCCCAGCUCCAGCUCCAACUGAACUAAGCACUAACAGGAUUGACAGGUUUAAUUUUUUUUUUUAAAUCUCAUGAAGGAGUGGUUGACCAGUGGGGUGGUCAUUCAGAACAAAACGCUGUUUCUCCCUUGAUAUUUGUCCUUUUGGACAAAACAAAGCACUGUCAGCAUUGUAUGUAGUAUAGAGUAUGGAAAAAUCUCAAAUUAACGAGGAAGAGUUUCGCACAUUUACAAACUCUCAGUGGUAUCAGGGAUAAGUGUUGUUUUUUUAAGUCCUUGUUUUUCAUGGUUCUGUGCUCAUGCAAAUUUCAUUUCACCCUAUGUGUAUUUUUCAAUACACGACUGCAGUUAUGUUUGUAUUUAUUGUUCUUUUUAUGAUUAUUAUGAUCCUGCUAACUGCCGUCCCACCACUAUGAAAUAAUGUGGUUAUAGUCACAGUGGACACAGAGGUACAGCACUCUUUUCGUGUAUUUUGUUUAUAUGUGAAGUUUUUGUUUGGCUUAAGAGUUACCAAGGUCAGACAGAGGAAAUUAACAAAAACUAUUUUAAGCAAAGUGUUUGCUAAAAGAAUGACUAAUCCUUGUACAGUCCUUAUAGUCUUUUGUACUAAAUGUUUUGAGCGAGGUCACUGGAAUAAAGCCUCAUUCAUGUAGGCAUGUUGUUCUGACUUUCUUAAAAUGUUUAAUGUAAACUGUUCACUUCAACAAAACACAAAACAAACUGCUUGUGUAAAAGACACUUUAUUUAA